ACCGCAACACUUCCUGGUAGAAUUCUCACCAGAGGCGAACCACACAAGCUAAACAAUUGUAUCAGCUUUUAGACAACAACUAUUAAUGUAGCGCAAAUACUGUUCAGCAAUAAUGAUUCCGUACACGGUCAACAUCAAACUCGCGGCCCGGACGUUGACUGGCACUCUAAACUUGCAGAAUAAAACCGCUGUAGACUGGGGUUGGCAGGGGCUGAUUGCUCAGGGAUGUCACUCCAGUAUUCUCAUCAUCGAUCCAAAGACGUCUCAGACCAUCCAGGUUUUGGAGAGGCACAAAGCUAAUGUGGUUAAGGUGAGAUGGUCAAGGGAAAACUACUACCACAACGUGAGCUCUCCUUACUGUCUGCGGCUGGCUUCAGGAGAUGCCUCGGGGAAGAUCAUAGUGUGGGAUGUGGUCAGCGGCACCGCCCAUUGUGAGAUCCAGGAGCACUCCAAACCCAUUCAGGACUUGGAGUGGCUGUGGAAUCAGGAUGCGUCCCGUGACCUGUUGCUCGCCAUCCACCCUCCCAACUACAUCGUCUUGUGGAACGGAGACACGGGCACCAAGCUGUGGAAGAAGAGCUACGCCGAGAACAUCCUCUCCUUUUCUUUUGACCCCUUUGACUCCUCCAACAUGGCAUUGCUGACCAGCGAGGGAAUAGUCUUCAUCACAGACUUUUCCCACUCCAAACCACCGGGCAAUGCCGGCAAAAAGGUCUACAUUGCCAGCCCCCACGCAAGCCCCGCCCACACCAAGCCUGCCCACACUGCCGCACCGGUCCCCACCGGCGCCAAGAAGGCCCUCAACAAGGUCAAAGUGCUCAUCACCAAUGAGAAACCCACUGCGGAGGCAGUGACGUUGAACGACUGCCUGCAGCUGUCCUACCUGCCAUCCAAGAGGAACCACAUGCUGCUACUUUAUCCCAGAGAGAUCCUCAUCCUGGACCUGGAGCUCAGCCAGACGGUGGGCGUGGUGGCCAUCGAGCGCUCCGGGGUGCCCUUCGUUCAGGUGAUCCCCUGCGCUCAGCGCGACGCCCUCUACUGUCUCCAUGAGAACGGGUGCAUCAGCCUCCGAGUGUGCCGCUCCACCAUCACCCCAGAGGAAACGACAGACCCCGAGCAGAAUGUGUACGAGCUCAUGUAUGACCUGCGUUCUCAGUGCGAUGCCAUCCGAGUCACCAAGACAGUCCGGCCGUAUCGCAUGGUCAUCUGCCCCGUCAACGAAAACAACGCUGCGCUUAUGGUCAGCGACGGCAGAGCCAUGCUGUGGGAGCUGAAAGCCCACAAAGGAAAGGCUGCUGUCAAUCCUAGUUCCGGUCUGUUGCCGCUCUACACCCCUGUGUCGUUCUGUGGAGCGCCGCUGGGUCCAAACCAGAAAAGGAUUCAGGAUCUCUCUCUCAACAGCAUGAUUGGCCAGACCUUGAUAGCCGGUGAGGCUCUUUCUCCAUCCAACCAACAAGAGGUCCAGUUAAAGUUCCUGCUGACGGGCCUGCUGUCUGGUCUGCCGCUGCCACCAUUCGCCCUCCGCAUGUGUCCACCUCUUACUACCAAAAACAUCAACAACUACCAACCCCUGCUGGCUAUCGGCACCAGUAACGGGUCUGUGCUGGUCUACAACCUGACCAGUGGUCUCCUCCACAAAGAACUCAGUGUCCACUCAUGUGAAGUCAGGGGCAUCGAAUGGGUGAGUCUGACCAGUUUCUUAUCUUUUGCCACUUCUGCUCCCAACAACAUGGGCCUGGUGCGAAAUGAACUGCAGCAUGUUGACCUGCCUACUGGAAGAUGCUUUGCAUUCAGAGGCGAGCGAGGAAACGAUGAGCCGCCCAUUGAGAUGAUUAAAGUGUCUCAUCUCAAACAGUACCUGGUGGUGGUGUUCAGAGACAAACCCCUAGAGCUGUGGGACACCAGGACCGGGACACUUCUCCGGGAGAUGGCGAAGAACUUCCCCACUGUGACAGCAUUGGAGUGGUCCCCGUCCCACAACCUGAAGAGCCUGAAGAAGAAGCAGAUGGCAGCGAGGGAGGCCAUAGCUCGGCAGACGGUGUCGGACGCGGAGCAGAGUAGUGUUGAGUCCUCGGUAGUGAGUCUGCUGCAGGACGCAGAGAGCAAGUCAGAGUCCAGCCAGGCCAUCUCAGCCAGGGAGCAUUUUGUAUUCACUGACAUGGACGGGCAGGUCUACCACAUCACCGUGGAGGGCAACACUGUCAAAGAUGGUGCACGAAUUCCCCCUGAUGGCAGCAUGGGUAGUAUCGCCUGCAUCGCCUGGAAAGGCGACACCCUGGUGCUCGGGGACGUGGACGGCAAUCUCAACUUCUGGGACCUCAAAGCUCGUUUGUCCAGGGGUAUUCCAACACAUCGUGGCUGGGUGAAGAAGAUCCGCUUCGCCCCGGGGAAGGGCAACCAAAAGCUGCUGGUGAUGUACACUGAUGGAGCAGAGGUCUGGGAUACCAAAGAGGUCCAAAUGGUGAGCAGCAUGCGGAUCGGGCGCAACGUGAACUACCGCAUCUUGGACAUUGACUGGUGCACGUCAGACAAGGUGGUGCUGGCCUCUGACGACGGCUGCAUCCGAGUGCUGGAGAUGGCCAUGAAGUCCGCUAGCUAUCGCAUGGAUGAACAAGACCUGACCGAUCCAGUGUGGUGUCCUUACCUGCUGGUUCCCCGAGCUGCCCUGACUCUCAAGGCGUUCCUUCUGCUGCAACCCUGGUCAGGAACCUUCACCAUGGACAUCACUCAAGUAGACUACAAUGAGAAAGACGAGAUAAAAGGGCUGAUCCAGGAGCAGCUCAACUCCUUGUCUAAUGACAUGAAGAGCGUGCUGCAGGACCCGGAGCUCAGCCUGCUGCAGCGCUGCCUCCUGGUCUCACGGCUGUUCGGAGACGAGUCUGAUCUUACCUUCUGGACAGUUGCGGCCCACUACCUCCAGUCGUUUGCCAAGGCUCGCCAGCUGAGUGUGUCCACUGCGGAGGGUCAGGCGAGUGAAGCAACCAAGCCUUCACCUCAGAGCCACCUGGACAUCUGCCAUGAUGUCCUGUGUGAGAGCUCUUACUUCCAGAAGUUCCAGUUGGAUCGGGUUCACCUGCAGGAGGUCAAGCGCUCUAGUUAUGAACACACUAAGAAAUGCGCCGACCAGCUCCUUCUGCUGGGUCAGACGGACCGGGCAGUGCAGCUGCUGUUGGAGACGAGCGCCGACAACGCCAGCUACUACUGCGACUCCCUCAAGGCCUGCCUCGUGACCACCAUCACCUCCUCAGGCCCCUCGCAGUCCACCAUCAAGCUGGUGGCCACCAACAUGAUCGCCAACGGCAAGCUAGCAGAGGGAGUACAGCUGUUGUGUUUGAUUGACAAGGCAGAGGAUGCUUGUCGCUACCUGCAGACCUACGGGGAGUGGAACCGCGCCACCUGGCUGGCCAAGGUGCGUCUGAGCCCAGCAGAGAGCUCAGAUGUGCUGAAGCGCUGGGCAGAGCACCUGUGCUCCUCGCAGGUCAACCAGAAGUCCAAAGCCAUCCUGGUGCUCCUUUCCCUGGGCUGCUUUUACAAAGUGGGAGAGAUGCUCAACAAUAUGAGGCACUUUGAUCGCGCCGCCCUCUUCAUCGAAGCUUGUCUGCAGCACGGGGUGAUGGAGGCCAACGACUCGUCCAAUAAAGUUAUCAAGACGUCAUUUGUGGAGUACGACCGGCUGCUGCGCUCACUGGGCCUGCGGGAGGGCGCCGCUCUGUGGGCGUCGCGGGCCGGCAGCGCCGGGGAGGAGCUGAUGGAGGAGCUGUUCCAGGGGGAUGGAAGCAGUGCGCCAGAACCCACUCUUGGCGAGGAGGGGGACGCGCUGGGCCAACUGAGCACCGAGUGACCUCGGAUGACGUACUUCUUCGGUGCACGUCGGGGGAGUCGGCCGGUCAUUCCAACUUCAAUGUGAAUUCACUUUGUGUCGACGUCCACAGGAACGUCUCCACAUCAUGGGGAGAGAGGAGAGAUGAGGAAGAGGAGAGGUUUCCUCUGUGUGAAGUCCGUCACUGGAGUCUGUCUGUGACUGUAAUGACAUUUUCUUGAUGUUUGGUUUGACCCGUGUGUGUUUGUGCUCAUGUGUAUGCAUGUAACAGCCCCAAAAGAAACACACUCCUGUGUGAAGUAAUCCCCAUCGCUGAUAUCGCUGGGUUUUGUUGAUGAAUUUACCUCCUUAGAUUGUUUUUUUUUUUUAAAUGGUUGCUGGUUAAGCUUUAUGUUGUGUGCCUGUAUGAAUAUCUUCAAAGUACAGUUGUAGCUCCACAGGUUUAAUUUGCCUUUUUGUUGCUGAGAUUACAUAUGGCAUAAUUAAUUGAUCCUUAAAAUAAUAAGUCCCUAUUUCACACACACACACGCGCACGCACACACACUUUUCUACUCCCUGCAUACUUAAUGACUGAAUUCCAAAAUGAGUCUUGAGUUCCGUUGAUUUCACCAAAAACACCACAUUAGUUGAACGAUAACGUGGAUUCCUUUCUUGAAAUGGAGACCCAAUCAUUUUCAGACACCCAGCAGACCGGCCAUUAAGUCCACAGCAGGUGGUGCUGCGUAAGUGACAGACCAAAGCUGUAGCUGCUGGACGGCAGUAGAGUCAGUUAGCCAGGCCGCCCCGUGCUUAUGAGACACUUAUUCCUAUAUUAUCUUCCUGAACAGCGGAGAGGCAUCGGGCCGGAGCCACCUGAGUGAUACCAUUUAAUUAGUUUGUGUAGGAUCCAGUUAAAUAGAUGGUGGUUAAUCCAUUCCAUUAAUCCAAAUGGAAUUUUUAAUUUCUGACUCGUAUUGAGACUCAAAGGGAUACUUUGCUGUCUGUUCUUUGAUGUUGUAUAAUGAGCUUGUUCUCUGGCGGGCCUCUUACAAGAAGAGCUGUCAGGGCGCGUUGUAACUCGUUUUAAUCCGACCUCCGAUGGAUCCUUUACACACAAAUCCUAAUCUGUGCCGCUUUCACUGUUGCUCACAUCGCGAUGACAGAAGCUUGACACGCAGUUUGAGAAAUAGUUUAGAACUUGGCGCCAUAUCUCUUCUGCUUCUAAAUAUCGACUGAUCAUCGGAAAUCAUCUGCGUGACAAUGCAAAGUCUUUGGUAACUGUGUGUGUCCCAUUGCCUUGUAACGUGUUUAGUUGUCCUGAAACAAGACGGUAACCUUUUUUGUGUGGUAUUGUGUUUCAUAAACACUUCAGUGCUGUUUCUCUUGUUAUACUUGACCCCCCAGGCGGUAUCACCAUGGCAACCCUGGCCUAUUUUAGGAGACUUGAUGUCGUUCCUGCAGAUCCAUUCCACACCCACUAUCAUAUACUGUAGGAUCCUGUAUAGAAUCGCACAACCCGGCAGAUAAUCAGCUGUAGUUCACCUGACACAGUAAUGAGAUAGCAAUGUGCACUGUUCUGGAGUGGGAUUUACACUCUGCUGCUUUUCUUUCUACUGUAGUGUGUGUUCAUUGUUUGUACAGUGAUACCAGUGCUUUAAACUCUAUAAAUAUUCUAAGAGAAAGAAGAAAAAAAAACAGAUAUAUGUAUAUAUGGAUGGCAAUAAAAUCGAUAUUAUUAACUUUA